GAUAGCGAAACUAUAAGAGCGUAUCUUUACUUCCACCUUCGCUUCCUCUUCCGGAAUGGCUUUCGCCAUGGAAAUAUCAACAAUGGGUCAAGCCAUGCAGCUCCAUGCCCGGGUACUCAAGUCGGGACCCGAAGACCAAACCCAUGCCCAAAACCUCAGCAAGCUUUUCACUUUCUCAGCUCUUUCACCUUCAGGUGACCUCACUUAUGCCCGCCACAUUCUCACCAAUCUCCAAACCCCAAAUUCAUACUACUACAACACCAUGAUUCGUGCUUACUCGGACUCUCCCGACCCAAACCGGUCUCUUAGCCUUUUCCUUUCAAUGCAUUGCCGUGAAGAACCCGUUGUACCUGGACCCGACAAGUUCACUUAUCCGUUUGUCCUUAAGGCUUGUUCGAAGUUGCGACAUGCCCAGCUCGGGAAACAGAUUCAUGGGCUGAUUUUAAAGUCGGGUUUAAUGUCGGAUCGUUAUGUGAACAAUGCACUAAUUCAUAUGUAUUCGGGCUGUGCUGACUCGGGUCUUGCAUUGAAGGUGUUUGAUGAAAUGUGUGACAGAGAUGUAGUUUCUUGGACCUCAAUGAUUGAUGGGUUUGUGGAUAAUGAUCGACCUAUUGAAGCUAUUGGGUUGUUUGAGCAAAUGAUGGAUAAUGGCGUGGACCCGAAUGAAGCGACUCUUGUUUCAGUACUUAGAGCUUGUGCUGACACUGGAGCACUGAGUAUUGGGCAAAAAGUUCAUAACUUUGUUAAGGAACGGAAUCUUAGUAAAAAGGCUAACGUUGGUACUGCACUUAUUGACAUGUAUGCAAAAUGUGGGUUUAUAGAAAGUGCUAAAAAAGUAUUUAAUGAAACAAUGGAUAAGGAUGUUUAUGCUUGGACAGCAAUGGUAUCCGGUCUUGCAAGUCACGGUCUUUCAGAAGAGGCCAUGGAACAUUUUGAGCAGAUGAAGAGUUGUAAUGUGAAGCCGGAUGAAAGAACGAUGACUGCAGUUUUGUCAGCGUGUAGGAAUGCUGGUUGGAUUGGUAAAGGAUUGUAUCAUUUAAGGAGUAUGAAGAAGUAUAAGUUAAGACCGACAAUUCAGCAUUACGGAUGCAUAGUUGACACGUUUGUGCGUGCUGGCCAGUUAGAAGAGGCCGAGCAGUUUAUAAGGAAGAUGCCAAUUGAUCCUGAUGUCGUGUUAUGGAGAACGUUGUUAUGGGGUUGUAAAAUUCAUGGAGAUGUUGAAAGGAGUGAACGCUUAGUGAAGGACGUUGAACUUUUGAAUAUGGACUCUCAUGACUGUGGGAGUUACAUACUUCUUGGGAAUGUCUAUGCAGCCUCGGGAAAUUGGAAGGAGAAGGCGAAGAUGAGAGAGUUGAUGAAUCAAAGAGGGCUAGUGAAGACACCAGGGUCUAGUAGGAUUGAGAUUGAUGGGUUGGUCCAUGAAUUUACAGCUGGAGAUUCCAGACAUGUUGAAGCAGAAAAUAUUUAUGCAAAACUGGAUGAAAUGGAGCAGAAUGUUAGAAGGGAAGGUUAUGAUCCCAAAAUCUCAGAGGUAUUACUUGAAAUAGAUGAUGAUGAGAAAGCAUCUCAGCUUCUAAACCACAGUGAGAAACUUGCAGUCUCAUUUGGACUUAUCAAAACAAAUCCAGGAACUGUCAUUAGGGUAGUAAAAAACCUAAGAUCUUGUGAGGACUGUCAUUCUUUCAUGAAACUAAUCUCGAAGUUAUACCAAAGAGAGAUCAUCAUUAGGGAUCGUAUCCGUUACCAUCACUUUAGGGGUGGUGAAUGUUCUUGCGGAGACAGAUGGUGAUUGUAAUUGUCAUUGGAAAAAUGUACCAGAAGUUUGAUUUUCACAUUCUUGAAGAACACGGAUGUUAAUUUACCUGCUGCUUCGGCUCUAGAAUUUUUUGCAACUGCUGCAUGUUGCAGCUAAAUUUUGGCAUCAGUGACCUUAGUUUUGAUCUCUCAAUCGUUUAUUUCACCAGUGCGACCAACAUAAAACGAAUACAGUGAGUAUAGAGCCGCCAAGACAGUUACAGAGGAAACAAAGGGACAAGAAAGUCUAAUCACAAUGUUAAAGAAUUUAGUGACAAUAGACCCAAUGAGGCUCGGGCCUUCUUUGGACCUAGCGUAUAGUGGGAGAUUAGUACACCGUGCUGCUGUUUAAUCUUUAAGAUUCUGUAUUCUGAAGUUUGAUAAAGAUACUUUUGUUAUUUGUUUGUCUCCCCU